CUAAUUGUCAUGGCAACACAUAUCAUCACAAGAUACUACCUUACUGAAUAAACUUUACAAGGUAUAUUAACAUGUUUUGAAUAUUUUUCUUGAGGUAUAGAUUUAUCGUAAACUCCACGGCUUAUAGUAUUUUAUUUUAUAGGUUGUGUAUUUGCCCAUAACGUGUACCACGUUACAAAAAUGAUCUUAAAUGGUAAUAGCGAGGAUGUUGUUGCUUUUAGAUCUAGGUUGCCACUGGGAGGAGGAGAUGCUCCAACGACGCAGACGAUGUCAUCUCAGACCACACUGGAAGCUGAAAUAGCUAGCGGAACUGUUCAGUUGAUGACUAUACAAGAUUUAUUAAGCAUUGAAGAGAAUGGGAAAUAUUGGGUCCUGGCUAAGAUAGUUGCCAUUGACAACAAAGAGUGGUGCUAUGUUGCAUGCAAGCGUUGCCAAAAAAAGCCUGCUGCAAGUGGAAACAUUUGUGUGCCGUGUAAUUGUAGUGAAAUGAUACUUAGGUAUAAGAUUAGUGUUCAGGUGAUGGAUUCAACUGGCUUUACUGCAUUUGUGCUGUGGGAUAAGCAUUGUACAAGGUUGAUUGGGAAGACUGCUGCUGAUUUACAAGAUGUGGUGGCUGCCAAGAAUGUUGAUGGUCAUCUUGAGUACCCUGAAGAGAUAGGACAAUUGCUAGGCUCUCUAAUGCUGUUCAAGGUUCAGUCGAAAGGAGAUGGGAAUGUUUUCAAGGGGAAGAAGUCAUUUAGCGUCAUUGACUUUAACAAUGAUACAGAAGUUUUGUCUUUGUACUCUUCAAAGGAUGGAUCUAACGAGGUUGUUGAUGAAUUUAGUGAGCUUCGUAAGCAAAUUUAUGACAAUGAGGCGAUUGGUUCGUCGGAGCAUGAAGUUAAUAGCCCAGUUCCCAGUUCAAGUAAACACAAUGCAGUUGUCAUUGAGGAUGAUAGCGUCAGGAGAUCUUUAUUGGAAGAACUUUCAGUUUCAGGCCCUUCCAAGAAAUUUAAAUCUGUUGUCAAGACAGAGAAGGCUUGAACAAGAUUGAUGUUUCUUUUGAAAAAUGGAUACAUUUGUUUUGUUUGAUGCUGCUUUGGACAAUACUUUUGGUUUUGUGAUGGACGAUGUUUGUGUGACGAUUGAAUCUUUAUUUUGCUGUUGUUUAUGAUAUGGCUUAUGCAUUUUGGGUUCAUGGACCCUUUAAUGUUGAUAGGGGUUAUGUAUGG